AUGAGCGUGCGCACCUCGGUGUGCGGGGCGCUGAUUAGCCCGGGGCCCGCCGCUCAGCCUGUUCUGGAAAACGCCCUGGACCCAUCGAAAGACCCCUGCCUGAAGGUGAAGUGCAGCCCUCACAAAGUGUGUGUGACCCAGGACUACCAGACUGCCCUGUGUGUCAGCCGCAAGCACCUUCUCCCCAGGCAAAAGAAGGGAAACGUGGCCCACAAACACUGGGUUGGACCUUCGAAUCUGGUGAAGUGCAAGCCCUGCCCCGCCGCACAGUCAGCCAUGGUCUGCGGCUCCGAUGGCCACACCUACACUUCCAAGUGCAAGUUGGAGUUCCAUGCUUGUUCCACUGGCAAGAGCCUCACCAUCCUCUGUGAUGGGCCCUGUCCGUGUCUCCCGGAGCCUGAGCCACCUAGACACAAGACAGAAAAGAACGCCUGCACAGACAAGGAGUUGAGGAACCUUGCUUCCCGGCUGAAAGACUGGUUCGGAGCCCUUCAUGAGGACGCCAACCGGGUCAUCAAGCCCACCAGCUCUGACGCAGCCCAAGGCAGAUUUGACACCAGCAUCCUGCCCAUCUGCAAGGACUCUCUGGGCUGGAUGUUUAACAAGUUAGAUAUGAACUAUGACCUCCUUCUUGACCACUCAGAGAUCAAUGCCAUCUACCUGGAUAAGUAUGAGCCCUGUAUCAAACCUCUCUUCAACUCCUGUGACUCAUUCAAGGAUGGCAAGCUCUCCAACAAUGAGUGGUGCUACUGUUUCCAGAAGCCUGGAGGUCUCCCUUGCCAGAAUGAAAUGAACAGGAUCCAGAAGCUGAGCAAGGGGAAGAGCCUGUUGGGAGCAUUCAUACCUCGGUGUAAUGAGGAGGGCUAUUACAAAGCCACACAGUGCCACGGGAGCACAGGACAGUGCUGGUGUGUGGAUAAAUACGGAAACGAGCUGGCUGGCUCCAGGAAACAGGGCACUGUGAGCUGUGAAGAGGAGCAGGAAACGUCAGGAGAUUUUGGCAGUGGUGGCUCUGUGGUCCUGCUAGAUGACCUGGAGGAUGAACGGGAGCUGGGACCAAAGGACAGAUUGGGCAAGCUGAGGGUGCACACCCGGGCAGUGACAGAGGAUGAUGAGGAUGAGGAUGACGACAAAGAGGACGAGGUCGGGUAUAUAUGGUAG